AUGCCAAAAAAGAGAGCUUCCAACGGUAGAAACAAGAAAGGUAGAGGUCACGUCAAACCAGUUAGAUGUAUUAACUGUUCAAAAUGUGUUCCAAAAGAUAAAGCUAUCAAAAGAGUUACCAUCAGAAACAUUGUUGAAGCUGCUGCUGUCAGAGAUUUAAGUGAAGCUUCUGUCUACUCUGAAUACGCUUUACCAAAAUUAUACAACAAAUUACACUACUGUGUUUCUUGUGCUAUUCAUGCCAGAAUUGUUAGAGUUAGAUCAAGAACUGAUAGAAGAAUCAGAGCUCCUCCAUCAAGACAAAGAUUUAACAACCAAAACAGAGUUUCUCCAGCUGAUGCUGCUAAAAAAGCUUUAUAA